AAUCCCGCCCUGCCUUGGGCAGGUGCCACCAUCCAAUAAUUGACCCCCUGGCCCCUCAUAAUUGUGUUUUUUCCCGUGUUUCUCCCUUUUUUUUUUCAGCCAUCUACAACUACGAGGCCGCUCAGGACGUGGAGCUGUCGCUGCAGGUCGGGGACACCGUUCACAUCCUGGAGAUGUACGAAGGCUGGUACCGAGGAUACACCCUCCGAAAUAAAUCGAAGAAGGGCAUUUUCCCAGAAACGUACAUCCAUUUAAAAGAGGCCAUCGUGAAGGACCGGGGGCAACACGAAACGGUGAUUCCAAGUGAGUUACCCCUGGGCCAGGAGCUCACCUCCACCCUGAGGGAGUGGGCAGUUAUCUGGCACAAGUUGUACGUGAACAACAAGACAACCCAGUUCAGGCACGUGCAGCAGCUGACCUACAGCCUGAUAGAGUGGAGGUCCCAGAUCCUCUCGGGGACCCUUCCCAAGGAUGAACUGGCUGAGCUCAAGAAGAAAGUCACUGCCAAGAUUGACUAUGGCAACAGGAUCCUGGGCUUGGACCUGGUGGUGCGAGACGACAACGGGAACAUCUUGGACCCGGAUGAGACCAGCACCAUCUCCCUCUUCAAGGCCCACGAAACUGCCUCCAAAAGGAUUGACGAGAGGAUCCAGGAGGAGAAGUCCCUGCAGCAGAAUUUGGACCUCAGGGGGCAGCCAAUCUUCAACUCCACCCACACCUACAGCCUGUAUGUGAACUUCAAGAACUUUGUCUGCAACAUUGGGGAAGAUGCUGAGCUGUUAAUGAGCCUCUACGACCCUGACCUCUCCAAAUUCAUCAGUGAGAAUUACCUGGUUCGUUGGGGCAGUAACGGGAUGCCCAAAGAAAUUGAGAAGCUAAAUAACCUCCAGGCAGUCUUCACUGACUUGAGCAGCUCUGACCUGAUCAGACCCAAGAUCAGCCUGGUGUGUCAGAUCGUCAGGGUGGGGCACAUGGAGCUCAAGGAUGGCAAGAAGCACACCUGUGGGCUCAGGAGGCCCUUUGGGGUGGCAGUGAUGGACAUAACUGACAUCAUCCAUGGCAAGGUGGAUGACGAGGAGAAGCAGCAUUUUAUCCCGUUCCAGCAGAUUGCCAUGGAGACCUACAUCAGGCAGAGGCAGCUGAUCAUGUCCCCCCUGAUCACAUCCCACGUGAUUGGGGAGAACGAGCCCCUCACCUCGGUCUUCAACAAAGUCAUCGCUGCCAAGGAGGUGAAUCACAAAGGCCAAGGUCUUUGGGUCUCCCUGAAGCUGCUCCCUGGGGAUCUGGCUCAGGUUCAAAAGGAUUUCUCCCACCUUGUAGACAGAUCAACUGCUGUGGCUCGGAAAAUGGGAUUCCCUGAGAUCAUCCUUCCUGGGGACGUUCGGAACGACAUCUACGUCACCCUGAUCCAAGGGGAGUUCGACAAGGGGAAGAAGAAGACGCCCAAGAACGUGGAAGUCACCAUGUCUGUGCACGACGAGGAUGGAAACCUGCAGGAGAAAGCCAUCCAUCCCGGGGCUGGUUACGAAGGUGUCUCCGAGUACAAGUCGGUGGUUUAUUACCAGGUCAAGCAGCCCUGCUGGUACGAGACCGUGAAGGUGGCCAUUGCCAUAGAAGAGGUCAGUCGGUGCCAUCUGAGGUUCACUUUCCGUCACCGCUCAUCCCAGGAAUCCAGGGAUAGGUCUGAGAGAGCUUUUGGCGUGGGCUUUGUGAAGCUGAUGAACGCAGACGGGACGACGCUGCAGGAUGGCAAACACAACCUGAUUGUUUACAAGGGCGAUAACAAGAAAAUGGAAGAUGCCAAAAGCUAUUUGAGUCUUCCUUGCACCAAAACGGAGAUGGAGGAGAGGGAGGCUCCUUCAGGGAAGAACCUGCACCACCUGGCCAACUUCACCCCCACGAAAGACAGCACAAAGGACAGCUUCCAGAUUGCCACUGUGAUCUGCUCCACCAAACUCACCCAGAAUGUUGACCUGCUGGGUUUGUUGAACUGGCGCUCCAACUCCCAGAACAUCGCCCACAACCUCAGGAAGCUCAUGGAGGUGGAAGGAGGGGAGAUUGUGAAGUUUUUGCCAGACACCCUGGAUGCACUUUUCAACAUCAUGAUGGAGAUGUCAGAAAAUGAAACCUAUGACUUCCUUGUGUUUGAUGCCCUGGUAUUUAUUAUUUCUUUGAUUGGAGACAUCAAAUUCCAGCACUUCAACGCUGUCCUUGAGACUUACAUUUACAAGCACUUCAGUGCAACCCUGGCAUAUGUGAAGCUCACCAAAGUGCUCAACUGUUACGUGGGGAAUGCUGAGGACUCGAGCAAGACAGAGCUGCUCUUUGCUGCCCUGAAAGCCCUCAAGUACCUGUUCAGGUUCAUCGUCCAGUCCCGGGUGUUGUACCUGAGUGUUUAUGGGAAGAGUGAAGAUGGGAAUGAAUUCAACGAUGCCAUUCGCAAACUCUUCCUGUCCUUCAACAUCCUCAUGGACCGGCCUCUGGAGGAGGCUGUGAAGAUCAAGGGGGCAGCUCUGAAGUAUUUGCCAAGCAUCAUAAACGAUGUCAAACUGGUGUUCGACCCCGUUGAGCUCAGUGUCCUCUUCAGCAAGUUUAUCCAGAGUAUUCCUGACAACCAGCUCGUCCGCCAGAAGCUGAACUGCCUGACCAAGAUCGUGGAGAGUGAUCUGUUCAGACAGGCUGAGUGCAGAGAUGCCCUUCUGCCCCUGCUGAUCGACCAGCUGAGUGGGCAGCUGGAUGACAAUUCCCACAAGCCUGACCACGAGGCCAGUUCCCAGCUGCUCAGCAGCGUUCUGGAAGUGCUGGACAGGAAAGACGUGGGCCCCACAGCUCUGCACAUCCAGCUGAUCAUGGAGCGCCUGCUGAGGAGGAUCAACCGCACGGUGAUCGGGAUGAGCCGCCAGUCCCCUCACAUCGGGAUUUUCGUGGCCUGCAUGACGGCCAUCCUGAGGCAGAUGGAUGAUUUCCAUUACAGCCAUUACAUCAAGACUUUCAAAACCAGGCAGGAUAUUAUUGACUUCCUGAUGGAAACAUUCAUCAUGUUUAAGGACCUGAUUGGAAAAAACGUGUAUGCAGCUGACUGGAUGGUCAUGAACAUGAUGCAGAGCAGGGUUUUCCUCAGGGCAGUGAACCAGUUCACCUCUGUCCUCAACCAGGCCUUCCUGGAUUCAAAAAGUUUUGAACUCCAGCUCUGGAAUAACUAUUUCCACUUGGCAGUGGCCUUCCUGACUCACGAGUCCCUCCAGCUGGAGACCUUCUCCCAGGCCAAACGCAGCAAAAUCAUCAAGAAGUACGGGGACAUGAGGAAAGAAAUUGGCUUCAAAAUCAGGGAUAUGUGGUACAACCUGGGUCCCCACAAGAUAAAGUUCAUUCCAGCCAUGGUGGGGCCAAUCCUGGAGGUCACCCUGGUGCCAGAGCCUGAGCUCAGGAAAGCAACAAUUCCCAUCUUCUUUGACAUGAUGCAGUGUGAGUUCAACUUCAGUGGGAACAGGAACUUCCACAUGUUUGAAAACGAGCUGAUCACCAAGCUGGACCAGGAGGUGGAGGGCGGCCGAGGGGAUGAGCAGUACAAGAUCCUGCUGGAGAAACUGCUCCUGGAGCACUGUAGGAAGCACAAAUACCUGGCUGCCCCCGGGGAGGUGUUUGCCCUGCUGGUCAGCAGCCUGCUGGAGAACCUGCUGGACUACAGGACCAUCAUGCACGACGAGAGCAAGGAGAACCGCAUGAGCUGCACCGUCAACGUGCUGAACUUUUAUAAGGAGAAGAAGCGAGAGGACAUUUAUAUCAGGUAUCUCUAUAAACUCCGGGACCUGCACACGGACUGUGAGAACUUCACAGAGGCAGCUUAUACCCUGCUGCUCCAUGCAGAGCUGCUCCAGUGGUCUGAGAAGCCCUGUGCCCCCCACCUCAUGCAGAGGGACAGCUUCUACGUCUACUCCCAGCAGGAGCUCAAGGAAAAACUCUACCAAGAAAUCAUCUCCUUCUUCGACAGGGGCAAAAUGUGGGAAAAAGCCAUCCAGCUGAGCAAGGAGUUGGCUGACAUGUAUGAAAACAAGGUCUUUGAUUAUGAAGGGCUUGGGAAUCUCCUGAAAAAAAGAGCUACUUUUUAUGAGAAUAUCAUGAAAGCAAUGAGGCCUCAGCCAGAGUACUUUGCUGUUGGAUACUAUGGGCAGGGUUUCCCCUCUUUCCUCCGGAAUAAAAUCUUUAUCUACCGUGGCAAGGAGUACGAGCGGAGGGAGGACUUCAACCUGAAGCUGCUGACCCAGUUCCCCAGUGCUGAGAAGAUGACCAGCACUGCCCCUCCAGGGGAAGACAUCAAAGCUUCUCCUAAACAGCAUGUGCAGUGCUUUAUUGUGAAGCCUGUGAUGAACCUGCCACCUAAUUACAAAGAUAAACCUGUUCCUGAACAGAUCCUAAACUACUACAGAGCAAACGAGGUGCAGCAAUUCACACACUCCAGACCUGUCAGGAAAGGAGAGAAAGAUCCAGACAACGAGUUUGCUACCAUGUGGAUAGAAAGGACAACCUACACCACAGCUUAUUCAUUCCCAGGCAUCCUCAAGUGGUUUGAGGUCAAGCAGGUCACCACGGAAGAGAUCAGCCCCUUGGAGAACGCCAUAGAAACCAUGGAGCUGACCAACGAGAAGAUCACCAACAUUGUCCAGCAGCACAUCUGGGACCGGAGCCUCCCUGUGCACCCCCUGUCCAUGCUCCUCAACGGGAUCGUGGACCCGGCCGUCAUGGGGGGAUACACCAACUACGAAAAGGCCUUUUUCACCGAGAAGUAUCUUCAGGAACAUCCCGAAGAUCAAGAUAAAAUCGAGCUGCUGAAGCAACAGAUUGCCAUCCAGAUGCCCCUGCUGGCGGAGGGGAUCCGGAUCCACGGGGAGAAGCUGACGGAGCAGCUGAAGCCGCUGCACGAGCGGCUCACGGGCUGUUUCCGGGAGCUCAGGAGGAAGGUGGAGAAGCAGUACGGGGUCAUCACCCUGCCCCCCUCCCUGACCGAGAGGAAGCCCAGCAGGUCUGGCUCUGUGGUGCUGCCCUACAUCAUGUCCUCCACCCUCAGGAGGCUCUCGGUCACCUCCGUGGCCUCCUCCGUGGUCUCCACCUCCUCCACCUCCUCUGACAGCACCUCCUCCAGGCCAGGCUCGGAUGGAUCUAUCCUGGAGCCUCUCUUGGAGAGGAGAAUAUCAACAUCUUCCAGAGCUGAGGAGCCGCCCGUGAAGGAUGAUGGUGACAACAGGAUCAGCAAACUCAAGAGGAAGGAGUGGAGCAUUAGCAAGUCUCAGGUUAUCGUGGAGAAGGAGCCAGAAACAGAACUGACUUCCAAAAUGGGCACGUCAGGGAAAGCACAAAGGCCAAAGAGUCUCCAGCUGGGAGACAACAGACUGACUUUGCUUCAGGGCUCUUCGCUCCAGCAGUCGACUCGCAGCCCACCCCCCAUCACCCCCAAAACCCCCAGGACCCAAAGUUUUCCCUCGUUGCAGGCUGAUGGAUUGGCCACCCCACCCCCUCCUCCACCCAAGAGCAAACCCUAUGAGAACAGCAACCCCAGGAAUUCUGUGGAGGUUGCUCCACCACUGCCCAGCAGAAGGGAAGCCAAACCUCCCCCUCCACCCCCAAAAACCAGGAAAUCCAGCGUGGUGUCCUCGGAGCAGGGGCUGCAGUGAGGGAGGAUCCCACCCCCAGCCCGGUGAUCCCUCCUGCCAUCCCUUGGAGUUUUCCUUGGGAAAGACCAAAAGGAACUGUUGUUGACUGUGUUCCCUAAGCCCUGCUUUCCCUGGGACACUAAUCCCUACUGGAAUUCUCGUCUCUCUCAGUGUUGUCUGCCCUGAGUUCCAUCCCUGCUGCAAUUCCAGCGGCUCCUUCCCGGUGUAAUCAGUCCCAGGAGCGAUUUUGCCCCGGGGGUCUGAAGCCAGGGGAGGCAGAGCAGUGGGAGGUGUGUCCAGCAGUAUUUUCACGUGAGUUUUGAGCUGGGUUUGUUGGGAGGAAAAUUUCUCCCUUGAAUUUAGGAAGAACUGCAAAAACUCACGAAACAAAAAGAGAGGAUUUAUUCAGCGCUCUCUGGGUCCGGUCUCACCCCGAGUUUUCGGGGAGAAAAGACCCCCUUGGGUUUAAAUUUCAUGCCUUUUGUAGCUUUACAAAAUCCCACCUUUUUCAGGUAAGCUUAAUAUUUUUAAGCUUAAUAUUUUUAAGCUUAAUAUUUGCCUAAAAAGGGUUUCUUUUCUCUGAAAAGGGGCUUUCCCUUCUUUCCACUUGGCCACCGGGCAUCCUCUGUCAAAAAUGAUGGAUCUUCCUUUAGGCCAGAGAGAGAAGAGGAAGCCCCUGUGCACAAGAUUCUCACUUGGCCCUGAAAGAUUUUAAUUUUUAAGGACUUUUGCAUUUCCCUUAUCCAGGAAGAAAAGACCCUGAUGCUCCAGUUCAGGUUUUGGAACUUGGAUAUUUUACAACCUCACGAGACACCUAUAUAUAUAUAUAUAUAUAAAAGUAUUUUUAUUUCUCAUAUUUGUGAUCCCUGAUGAGCCAAGAUCAGAUCUUUAUGAUGUGGAGCAGAUCCCAGCCAUUCCUGCUGGGAAGCAGCAGCUCCCAAGGUGUGGGGUGGGAGAAGUCCCUGAAGAUCCCUGGUUGCAGGCAGAGACCUGAGCGUUGGGAGCAGAUGUGAAAAGCCUUUUCUCUGCUUUUUUUGUUUGUGUGUGGGAUGAAGAGCAGCCCCUGCCUCACUCCAGCUCUGCUCCAGGGAGAGUUCACCAGUCCUUUGCCAGGAUUUCCCUGAUUUGAACCCUACAGAGCACUUGAGACCCUCCCUGAGCUGUGUCCCCUGUGUGGUCCCAUCCCUGUGUCCGGGACUUGGGACAAAACUUCACCUCUGUGCUUUUUAAAGGGGUGGGAAAGGUCUCUCCUGGGAAUGUGGGAGGUGAAGAGAAGCUGCACUUUUACCAGGGCUGGUCUGGUCCCAGUUGCAUUGAUACCAGGAUUAUACUGGUCCCAGUUGCAUUGAUACCAGGAUUAUACUGGUCCCAGUUGCAUUGAUACCAGGAUUAUACUGGUCCCAGUUGCAUUGAUACCAGGAUUAUACUGGUCCCAGUUGCAUUGAUACCAGGAUUAUACUGGUCCCAGUUGCAUUGAUACCAGGAUUAUACUGGUCCCAGUUGCUUUGGUACCAGGACCUGCACUGAUACCAGGGCUGGACUGGUCCCAGCCGCUUGGAGAGGAUGGAAUGUGCAAACCCAGUUCUCCAUCCUGACCUCAGCCACGAGACUCUGAUUCUCUCCUGUGGCCUUUCCUUUGGGCACAUCCACACAAGUACAAGUAAUUCUCUUUUUUUCCCCCCUGCCCCCAUUUGUGGCAGUACUUGCACUUUGGUUUAGAGCCUCCCUUGAUCCAGGUUUUUGAUAGACUGGACUUUAAGCAGCCAUUUAGAUCUGGGAUGUGUGAAAGACUUGACAAUUAAGCACCUCUUUUCCUCUUGCUUGGAUCACUCCACUCUUUUCUUUCCUUGGAGGAUGGCGUAAUGUAUUUAAUUUUUCCUUUAGUUAUUUAUUCCCCGCUCUGUCUGGAUGUCUUUCUGUUUGUAUAGAGAAAAAUCAACAAGAUUUUAGGUUUUCACGUCUUUAAAAUCCUGCAGGAAGGGCUGUGGCACUGCAGGAAUAGCCCGUGCCCACAGUUGCGUAGUGACCAAAAAUCCAACACAAAUACCGGUGUUAUUUCUGGACCAGCUGGGCCUCAGGCACAGAAUUCCCAUGGCUGAGCUGCCACUGGAAUCCUGUGUGGAGCAGGACUUCCCCAGAGUGCCUGUUUCAGGAAUAAUGCAUCAUAAAGAACUUUGCUUUUCCUGCCAAGCUGCCUAAUUCAGAAUUUCUUUAGAUAUCAUCAUUUAUAUCUCCCCCCAAAGCUGCAGCUGCCUGUUGCUGCCACAGCAGCAGAAAAUCAAGGUUUCCUUGAUUUGUAAGAAUUAUUCUCUUGCCCCAUUCAGGCAGAGGGUUUUGCCCUUCCACUCUGCCUCUGAGACUGCCCUGGUCGUGUCCUGGCUGUUAUUUUUUCCCUGAUGUUUUCCAGGGAGUGGCAAAAAAUUGCUUCUUGUUCUUCCCUUUCACUGUGGAACUCAAAAUUGCAAAAUAUAGAUUGAGACUUCUUGGAAAAUUUAAACAUUCUUAAAACUCACAAAGAGGGACCAGCUGAGGAAUUUGGAUCCAAAUUUCUGAACUUAUAAGAAACUUUGUCUGUUUGGAAUUAAUUUGUCAUCAGUAUCGAGGAGCAUUUUCUUUCCCAGGAGAUAAUUUUACUUGUUAACUGUAACUUGCACCAGAUAAUCAGAAGUCAAAUGACAAGUUGGGGGGAGCCACCAAAAACCUGCUGAGGAUGUUGCUGACAGUAGUAAAUACAAUUAACUCUUGGGUUGGGGGUUUUUUUGAAGGCCACUGCACCUUUUUUGUGCUCACCUGACUGAAAUGGGGUUUCAUUACAGCCAGAAAUGGUUUUUCAUUACGCACAGAAACGGCUCCCAGUGAAAAAAUGAAGUUUGUUAAACCUCGUGGAAGUUUUUCAGGGAAAAGCAAACCCAGGGAAGCCCCGGGGGGGGUUUGUUCAGCCUGAAGUUGUCCUUUCUUGUGUUCCUCUGGAUUCUUGUGCCUCCUGUGUGACUCCAGGAGCUGCUGGCUCUGGCAGACAGAUUGUCUGCAUCCCAGAGUCACCCUGCAUUCCCAUCGGGUUGGGGAUGUUCCAGGGGCUGCAGGGCAGUCACAUCACAUCCGUGCACAGCCCCUUUGCUGCACACACUCCCAGCUGCCUCUGCCUUGCUGCUUCCCAGGGGGAAUCUUGGAAACCUUCCUGGGCACCCUGGCCAGGUCCCCCCCUCCCUGGAGCACCAGGGGACGUGUCAGCUCCUCCUCAUGUUCUGGGACACAGACUCUGCUUGACUUGAAAACCACGGGGGGGUUUCUUGUCUUUUGGUUUUUAUCCACUUCUUCCUCCCCUCGUAACCACUUCCCUCCUGCUCACAGGAACUCCAGGAUCCUCCCAAACUUCGCUCCAGCAAGAACUUUUUGUCUCCUUGUGAGACUUUUGCUUCAGGCAGAAGAGCAGGAUGUGGUCUGAGAUGUCUGCAGUGCAUCUCACCCGCACCUCUGGUUAAUUCAGUGUCUUUCCCCUCUCUGAAUCUGCCUGGUCCCUCAUUCCUGGCUGCAUUUCCUUGCCAGGGCAGGUUGGCUUUUAAUUCCUUUGGAGAGACAGCAGGAACAGAGUGGGGAUCCCAGGGAAUGAGGUGAACAAACCAGCUGCCAGGUUUUGGAUAUUUUGGUGCCCAGUGACUCUCAAGUCUCAUUUUCCACCCUUUCUUUGUUCUUCUUUCACAACUUUAACACAAGGUGGGUGUACCUUGUGCAUUUUUCCUGGAGGAGGGAACCAAUCCAUGCAAAAAAAACCCCUCCCAGGAGGAGCUCUGACCUUGGCAAGAAUUUUCCAGCUGACCUUUCUGCCCUUUCCACUCUGCCCUUUAACCUGAGGAGCUUUGGUUCUCACUGCUUUCUGUGCAGUUUUAUAGGUGAGGUUUAUGAACUGAGGACUUGCUGUGUAAGUGGUUAAUUAUCCUCCCCCUUCCCUUCCUUUCUUUGGCUCAAAAAAAACCAGUUUCUGUCUCUCCUGGGUGAUCAUUUUUGAGCCCAGAGUCACCUGGAGACAGGUGAGUCUCUAAAGAGGCAGGGGAGUGAGCAGGGGGUGGCUGGAACACAUCCCAGCGCUGCAAAAAUCGGGAAUAUUCAGUGCUUGGUGUAAUUUAAGCUUUAAAAAGCCCUUUUAUUUGGCUUAAGGAACCUUAAACAGCACGAAAGGCGUGUUAAAAUCUGAUUAUUGGAGAAGCCUCUGCCUGAAUUAAGGUGCAAACAAGGCCACGUGCCAAAGUCAAUAUUGUAUUUAUUAUUUAACAUGAAAUGUGAGGUGGAGAGGCAGAAAGGAAUAGAAAAGAGAGAGAGAGAUCAGGCAGAAAAUCUUCAGCACUCGUGGGUCCAGCAGCAUCCUGUUGGCCCUUCCUCACCCUGAAUUUUUGGUAGUGGGGGGUCCAAACUUUUCCCUGUUUAUACCUUUUAGCAAACAAAGGAGUUAAUGCCCUUUGGCUGCACCUUUCUCUUGUUCUGCUGGUUAAAAGCAGAAUUAAUUAAUUAAUUAAAUCACUGCCAACGCUGAUUAAUCCCAAGCUCAGUCUUUCUCCUCUUUUUGAGCGUUUUCAUUGGCAAAUUUGCCAGAAAGGGGUUAAAAUCAGGUGAUUUUCUUUUUCUUUUUCCCUUUCUCAGCCUUAUUUUUGUUGUAGAGUCUGAAGUGCUGUGAACUCUUCCCACUUCUCUCCACUGCUCCCAAAUUGGGGUUGUUUUCUUACCUGUGGGACCGACUGGGAUGUUCUUGGCUGAUAAAAAUCAGCAUUUUUACCAGAGGUACAAGGUGGAAUUUCUGUUCUGUGCCUGAAACAUUCAGGGCUUUGUGCCAGUUUUAGCCCCUCCAAAAAAAAACUCAUUUAAUUUUCAGCUUUUUAAAGGCAGUUGGGCAUUUAAGUGUGUGACUAAACCCUGGGCCUGACUGAUUUUAAUUAAGUGGAAUUAAGUGCCCACA